ACCCUCGGCAGUGAAAACGCAAGAGUCCUAACCACUGGACUGCCAGGGAAUUCCUGACACGCCCUUUCUUAAGAACUGGAGAAGAUGAUCAAGGUCCAGGCAUCUUUGUCAUUCGAGGACGUGGCUGUGGCUUUCACCUGGGAGGAGUGGCAGUUACUGGACCCAUCUCAGAAGGACCUGUACAGGAAUGUCAUGUUGGAGAACUACUACAACCUAGUGUCAGUAGGAUAUCAGACUCCCAAACCAGAUUCACUGUUCCAGUUGGAACAAGGAGAACCCCCAUGGACGGUAGAGGGAGCAGGCCAGAGUCAAACCUAUCCAGAAGAAAUAUGGGAGAUUGACCCUAUGCAGUGGCACCCAGAAAACCAAAACGGGAUUAAAACUUUGGAAAGAUAUCAGCAAAGUUAUGCACUUGGAAAUAAUUUCGAUUUAUGCAAAAGUCUUGUUCCUUUAACACAAAGAUACAAUAAUUUUGGCCCACAUUGUAGAAGUUUGAAAUCACAUUUAGGUUUUGUUAUUGAGAAUAGAAGAUAUGCAGGAAAGGAUUCUGAUGAGUUCAGUGGAUAUGGGAAAUCAUCUCUCUACCUCCAGCAUAACAGAACUCUUACCAGAAUUAAAUACCAUGGCUGUGUGAAACCCAGUAGCACUAAAUCACAGCUCAAUGACCAUGAAAAAAUUUAUCCAGGAAAGAAACCACACACAUGCAGUGAGUGCGGGAAAGCCUUCUCCAGGAAGGCACAGCUCAUUAGACAUCAGAGAACUGAAAGAGGAGAGAAACCCCAUGGAUGCAAUGAAUGUGGGAAAACAUUCAUGAGGAAGAUUCAGCUCACUGAACAUCAGAGAACUCAUACAGGAGAGAAACCCCAUGAAUGUAAUGAAUGUGGGAAAGCCUUUUCCAGGAAGUCACAGCUAAUGGUCCAUCAGCGAACUCAUACAGGAGAGAAACCCUACGGAUGCAGUGAAUGUGGAAAAGCCUUCAGCCGGAAGUGCCGGCUCAACAGACAUCAGCGCUCUCAUACUGGAGAGAAAUUAUAUGGUUGCAGUGUGUGCGGGAAAGCCUUUUCCCAGAAGGCAUACCUCAUUGCACAUCAGAGACUUCACACAGGAGAGAAGCCUUACAAAUGCAGCGAAUGUGGAAGAACGUUCUUUUUUAAGUCAGACCUCACCAAGCAUCAGAGAAUUCAUACGGGAGAGAAACCAUAUGAAUGCAGUGAUUGUGAAAAAGCCUUCAGAAGCAAGUCAAAGCUCAUUCAGCACCAGCGGACUCACACCAGAGAGAGACCAUAUGCCUGCAGUGAAUGUGGCAAAGCCUUUGCCCACAUGUCAGUCCUCAUCAAACAUAAGAAAACUCAUACAAGAGAGAAAGCUGUGGAUUCCCCAAAGCUGGAGAAACCUUCCUCAGUGAGUCAUAGCUCUUUAUUCAUGAGUGAACUCGUACAGGAGCAAAACCCUAUGAACGCAGUGCCUGCAGAAAUGUCUUUUUCGGGAACCCUGCCCUUAAUAAACAUCAGCGAGUUCCUAGGAGGCAGAAAUGUAGUGAUUGUGGACCAGCCUUUUCCAAGAAGUCAAGCCUCAGUAGAAAAUCGGGAAUUUACACAGGGACUAAGCCUUGCAAAUGCAGUGAAUGCGACAACCCCUUCAGUAAUAAAUUAUGUCUUAUAUGUUACAGAUAUUGUGUAGGAAAAAAAAAAUCCUCAGAUACCUGAGAUGGGAAAAAGCCUUGAGCAAGAAUCCUCCGCACAUUCAUUAUGUGUCAGAGCUUGCUUAGGACAGAAAUGCUGUGGAUGGGGUGGUUGUGGAGAACACUUCUGUGAGAAGUUAGACUUAGUAAAUAUCAGCGAGAUCACAUUGGGCAGAAAUGCAGCUCUUGUGGGGAAGUCUUUUCCUAGAGGUGAUAUUGCAGUUGAUAUCAAAGGAUUCCCACAGGACCAAAACCUUAGAGUAUGAUGGUUUUUAAUGAUAAAUUGUACGUUAUCACUUGUCAGAGGAGCAUAGAAAGACAACUCUAGAGGCACUGAAGGUGGAAGACAUGUUUAGUAAAAUGUGGAAGCACUCAUAGAGAAGAAAAAUCCCCCAAAGGCAAUAAAAAAUGGGAAUUCUAUCACCAAACUAAGUCAUGUAUCACAGUUUUACCUUGGAAAGUGGGAAAGACUUUUGUAAAUAAAGGAAAUCUUCUUGGA